ACUUAGACGUUGUACACUGGAUAGAUGAAUCCUUUAAGCUAGUGACGAGCAAUGGAAAUUAUAGCCCUCCAUAAAUUUUCAAUAUCACUUUUAGAGACGCAGAACGCACCACAGGCAAACUAAAUGUGAAACAAAUAAAUUGGAAUAUACAUUGGAACCGUCUAAGGGUUAAUGGAAAGUAGAUAGUUACCAAGAAAUGCUAGAGGAAGUAGUCAUGCAUAACGAGACGAAAAAUGGCGAACAUCUUUUUGAAAAUGACAAAGAUUUUCCCUCAAUCAUUGUCAUCACCUGCAUGCUUUCUUGCUUCAGUGUCAUUGGAACAACUGGCAAUGCGUUUGUUUUAUAUGUGUUUUCACGGAAAAAGGACAAGAAUACGUCAACCAUCUUUAUUCUUGCACUAGCAUCCAUCGAUUUUGUGACGUGUCUAUUUCUUAUUCCGUUUACAAUAGUUGUCGAAUUUAUGUAUAAACGAAUCAACAGCGAUGUUAUGUGCAAAGUAUAUCAAUUUUUUAUAACUUCGCACAUGCCAUUUAGCGCCUUUAUAAUGGUUGCCAUAGCUUUUGACAGAUACUUCUGCAUUUGCCGGCCUUGGAUGAAGUUCCUUGAUUUAAAAUUCGCGAAGCGGAUUAUUUUGUCUCUUUUGAUUUUCUCAUUAUCGCUGGGACUUAUCACAAGCCUCGCAUAUGGUGUGUACCACAGAAAUCCGACAGUUUUGAAAAAUGUUACAUUUGAACAAGUGAACAUCUCCUUUGAAGCCAAUUAUUCAAAUUCAAACGAACCAAAGAAACAUUUAACGAACAACCCACACAAGUUUUACAAUUGCUCUGCUGAACGUUUGAUCAAGUGCAAAAGUUCGAUCUCAAAAUACUUAGUUAGCGAUGUCAUUGGCGAAAUUAAUCAAACCGCAAGAUCACCUCAUAGUCAAACGGAUUUUGUUUUCACAGGAUUUUGUUAUCCAAAUGAAAUUAUACUCAGUAAAGAAUUCCGGAGAGUUUACCAGACAUUUUACGCCUCCUUAUUCUUGAUUGCCUUUAUAAUAGUAUUUAUCUUAUACGCUCUCAUAUACAGAUCGAUACUAGUGAGGAGAUCUAAGAAGUUGCAAUCUUCCUUAAGUUAUAAAUACUCAAAUGGAAAGAAAUCUGCCUUGCUAACCUGCAUGUUUCCUCGACAAGAUAAUCCACCUGAACAAGUACAAAUGGUUCCUUGUAAUUCAAAUCUAAACAAUCAGAAACGAGGGAGUAGGCUAACGGGAUCAGACUCCUCACUGGAGCCUAUGUCAACUGCGACAUGCCUAACGUCAACACAUGGACAUAGUAAUGCAGAAAUACAGACAGAAGGUGAUUGCAUGAUAAGAAAAGAAAGCAGCAAAAGUUUAUCAUUUAGCAACAAGAAACUUUCGGAUGAGGUUAUAAAGGAGGAAAGUGAAAACAGUUCGUCUGCUGAAGGUGUUACUUCAAAAAUAAAGAUAACACCAAAUGACCUGAAUUUACCAAUUACCGCAAAUAAAAAGCCCAAAAAACGUCCGAAAAGAAACAGACGGUUUUUGAUAAGCCUUGGAAAGAAAGGUGACACUUCAAAGAAUAUCAAUAAACGCGUCAUAGUAACAGACGUUGAGAAUGGAUCAGUUGCUCAACCAGAUAAUUAUAAAGUGACAACAUAUAACAUUUGCCGAAAAGACACAAGAAAAUCUGUUCGUGAAAAACACAGGUUGGCAAAUAUAAAAACCGCAGGGAUUCUUUUCAUUGUGACUAUUGUUUUUAUAAUAGCAUUUUUGCCGGCGUGGCUGAUGGCAACGAAACUGAUCCCACCAAACAUGAUUGUGUUUUACACAUACUUUAUAUAUAAUGUUGCAAAUCCAGUUAUUUAUGCAUUUUUCAAUCAGGCUUUCCAACAAGAGAUGAAAACAGUUCUCAAAUGUUCUGGAAAUGGCUACUAACAGUUAUGGUAAUACGAUGCAUGUCGAGAUCGAAACAAGCUAGACUAAGUGGCAAGUUAAUACGGAAUUUAGUUCGCAUUUCAACAAUAUUAGUGCGUUUCAUUUUUUUGUACAAUUAUUUAAAAAAUAUGAA